GGGAAGGGUUGGGUAGGAUGGGUGGGGGACUAACAUAAGGGGCUGCCUAUGAGACGGACGUUUAUCAGCUGCCUGCCUUGCUCUGUGCUGGAACCAUGAGACUCACCCUGCUGUGUGGACUGCUGCUGGCUGAUAUAACUGCAACUCAGGGAGGGCUCCUGAACCUGAACAAGAUGGUCAGCCGCAUGACGGGGAAGAAAGCCAUCUUCAACUACUGGCCCUACGGCUGUCACUGUGGACUUGGUGGCAAAGGACAACCCAAAGAUGCCACGGAUUGGUGCUGUCAAAAGCAUGAUUGUUGCUAUGCCCACCUGAAGAUCAAUGGAUGCAAGAGCCUGACAGACAAUUACAAAUACAGCAUUUCCCAGGACUUUAUCCAGUGCUCUGACAAAGGGAGCUGGUGCGAAAGGCAACUGUGUGCUUGUGACAAGGAGGUGGCCUUAUGCUUGAAGCAAAACCUGGACAGCUACAACAAGCGCCUGCGUUACUACUGGCGGCCCCAUUGCAAGGGCCAGACUCCCACAUGCUAGGAGUCCACUCUGCCUGUCCCCUGGAUUCCACCCUGUUCCAGGGCAUCUCGGGCAUUGAAGUCCUGCCAGUUGCUGCCUCCCACUCUGGCGUCUAGUCUCCUAGAGCAGCUGGCUUUUAAAGUUCUCCUGGCAGGAGGGCCUGGCCUUGAGGACCUCCUCUUGGUGGCUCUCUGCUAUGGAGGACCUUGUUGAUCUUUCUAACUGGGACUCUCCUCUCUUUCCAAACUCUGGUCUUUCUGGACCUAAGAAUAAAAACCUCACCUUUGUGUUCAGAGCCCAGCCCUUUGGCCCUGUGUUCUUCUUCCCAGCGAAGCUGUGAGGUCCUCCAGGUUGGGCCCUGCCCCAUCUCAGAUUCAGUGGUACCCUGGUAUCCAGGUAGUCUCCUAGAACUGAGCUUAUUAUGGGCUCCAACAACAUCAGGACUUCAGGGUGGGGGGAGCCGCAGUCUUGUUGCGCUGGGUGGAUGCUGGAGCUCUGCUUGCUGUUCCUUGUCUAUUGUGCUUUCUCUGGGGUUUGUUGCUGCAAACAGUUCAGGCUUGGGGGGACCUGUCCUUUGGAAGCCUCUCUUGGCUAGCCCUUCUCCCUAGCGCUAAGGACAUCAUUGUGUUGGACUUUCUGGGUGGCAUCACACCCCACAUGUCUCCUGAGACCAGGGUGAUGAGAUGUCCCAGUUCUUUGUCACAUCCCAGGCCUGGUUUCUUUCUCUGGCAAUUUUUUCCAAAGAGCCCUCUCAAUAAACAACUUUCACAAGAA